CCUUCAGUGAUCACUCGAGCACUGUCCGGAGCGCUCGGUCGCUCCUCCAUCCCCACGCUCGUCACGACUCGGUCAAACCUCCGAACGAAAACGAACGCGAUUAACCGCUGAUAACAAACGCUUUUAACACGUGCGCUUGUCUUACUAAUAACUCUAGUGAUAGCGACCCUUAUUCUCGUGUGCGUGCUUUGAUGAGGAGCGGCUCCCGUCGGCGAGAAGCCAGCAGCCAGGACCGGGAGACAGCAGUACGACCGCCUCGCCAUGUCUGCCGAGGGCGACGUCUCCCUCAUCAGAGACGAGGACCUGCUGCGCCGCAUGUGGCAGCAGACAGAGGACUUCUCCAGGAAGAAGGAGAUUCGCGCUCACAUGUACCGACUGCGCGAGGAGAGACUACGGAGCUUGUACUCACCAGAACCUACUCUUGAGGGAAAAGGUUAUGAGUACACAUCAACACAAGACCAUGUGAAAUCGUUUGCUGACCAAAGCUUCCAAUCAAUGAAGAGCAAAGAAGUUCGGGACGCGGGCUCCCCGCCCAAGGAGUUUACCUACCGCGGCCAAGAUCUGAAGGAGCUAUCGAACGCUGGCUGGAACGUGGAGUCUGAAAAUAAAACAAUCGACGAUGGACACACGACAGUGAAGUCAGUGCAUGCUAACAUCGAAGGUCACUACGACGUGGACGGUGGAAAAGGGCAGUUUGCAGCUGAUGAUCAUCAUAAAAAUGCUUUUACGGAAUACGACGACGGCAACACGAGCAUUCGAAGAAACGAGGACUUCUCUAAAACUUCAGCCCACGAGCAAGUCUCGCAACAAACUGAUGAUGGUCGACACUUUUCAACCAAAACUAGUUCAUCAUCAUCCACAGCCAAACUUGAACAAGUUUCCUCAACACAUGAUAAUGUGUCAUACGCGAAUAACCAGCAGAGAGAGACACGUGGUGACUAUGAAGAUGACAUAUCAACGAGAAGAAUGACUAAUACAAAUAGCACUGAACAGAUAAUAAAAAGUAAUAUCGAAGAUGGUGAACUUAUUUCAAGAAAAGUUGACUAUCCGAACGAAAAUACUAAAAUAAUCGUUGAGACUAGAUGUCUUCCUGAUGGUACAAAAGUCACUAGCACUCGUCGAGAGUUUCAUUCUCCGGUUAUUCAGAAAAGUAGAUCUGAAAUCCAUUCACAACAAGUUUUGAAUGAAACCGAGUCAACAUAUUCAACCACUAAUAAAAAAAGUGAUGAGUAUCUUCAGUCACAAUUUAGCCGAAAUUCCAAUGAUCAUGAACAAAAUAUAGUCGACUCUCAAAAGUCCAAGGAUGUUAUCGAUUUUGGAAAUAACAAUAUUUCUGAGGCAUUAAGAAAUGAAGAUUUCACAAACACAUUCAGACAACAGAGUGAGCACGUCUACGAUCACAAAAUUAGCAAAAUUGAUAAACAUCGCCGCCAUCAAGAUGAAAAUCAAUCAACAUACCAAAGUACUGAGGAGCAAAGUUUUGCCUUAGAUUCCCAUAGACAUGUACCCAUAGAAGUCAAACAGCAUAAUUUAAAUACUACUGAUGAACGGAUUCACAAUGUUUGCCAGACUAAGAAUAUUCAAGAAAUUGUGGAGAAGAAAUCGACCGAUAACUACCAAACAACAUAUCAGAGUGACUAUACCCAACGUAAAAUAAGCGAAGACUUUAGUCCUUCUCACCAAGCGUGGGCAAGCACAUUACGUUCUGAUAUUCAAACAAACCACAGCAUGAGGUCACCCUCACCAGGAAAACGAACAAUGCAAUCCAGUAAUUCUUCAAUUCGGAGUAGCGUGAGUCCUGAAAAAAAUUAUAGAAAUACUUCAAGUCGUUGUGGCAGCCCCAGAAAAUUUGACAGAACUUCUCCAACUCUCAAUUAUUCUAAUAGACAUUCAAGUACACAUUCAACAUAUUCAAUGACUGAGACCAAUUCAAAUAAAACAACAACACGAGAUACCCAAAACGCAAAAUUUCCAACUCGACAAACGUACAGCCCUGAACGAAAACCAAAGUACGACAUAAAAAAAAGAGCUAGCAUCAGUCCAGAAAAAAAAACUACUUCUCCUCAAACAUCAAGUACUAGCCCUGAUAAAAACAAUAAAUCUAAUAACUUUGAUGAAAAACAGUUACGAAAAAGUCCUAGCCCUGACAAAUUACCUCGCAAAGUCAUCGACAAGGACAAUAUUACCCAACAAUUUACAAUGUAUAAAAAGGAAGAUAAUUAUUUAUUACAAGAUACCCAAGAUAGGACUAUGAAAAGUUCUCAAGAACAGGCUGGAUAUAUGAAACAUACAGCGGCAAGUUCACCAGACGCUAUUCGCCCGCAUACAACUACUGGACAACUAAACGUUAAUCGUAGUACCUCUCAGAGUCCACAACGUAACAGCCCUACUCAUGAUAGUUCUGAAGAAACACGUCGAUUAGAUAAAAAUGAACAAAGUGUCUCAAAGUCAACUGGUUUGUCAAUUAAUGUAAAUAAAAAAACAGAAGAAAUGAAUAGGAAGUCAGAAAACAGAAGGAGCCCCAGCAAUGACAAUUCGCCAUACAAAGACCAUAUAGCACCUAUAAAAGGAAAUGAAAAAAAUACUUUAAAUUCUGAUUUAGUUAAUCCAGACCGGAAACCGUCAAGGGAGUCCACUUCCACAAAUAAUAGUAAUUUUUUGGAUAGAAAUUCAAAUAAUAACUUGACGUCGGAAACUGAUGAUAUAAACAUUCAAAGUACCGUUACGAAGAGGCCAACUUUAAGUCCAGAUAAGUCAGCCAAAACAGACUUACCUCGAAAACCAUCUUUGAAAACCGCUAAUAGAAAUGACAUUACUGCUCCAAAAUCAAUGGGAACAGAAUCUAAAAUUAUAUUUGAAAGAUCAGUGAGAAAAUCAUCACCACAAAUAAAUCGGUCAUCUCAAGAAUUAAAAGAUAUUGAUUUCAUUACAACAGAAAAAACUACCGAAGAGAUAAAUAGAAAAAUAGAGAAGGAUCGCAACCGCAAGCUCAUCACUCCUUCAACCAGCCCUACUAGAACUCAAAAGACCAUUGAAAGUACUUCUUCUACUGGCCAAAGUUCGCCAACAACUACUGCCAGCGGAUUUGUUUAUUUUAGUUCCACGGCGAUGAAUACAUCUAAAGUUACUGAGUUGGGUGAUAGAAAUUUAGAUUAUCAUAAUGAAGAUAUGAAACCCUUAGUCUCCAGGUCCUCUUCACCUAGUAAAAUCUCUUGCAAAUCUCCAUCUCCCGAAAAGAAGAUAAUUAAAGAAAACCUUCCCCGUAAAAGUUCAUUGAAGAAACCUUCGCUAGAUAAAAAUCAGCUAGUAACACCCAGUGAAAAGCCUCCUACAAGCUUUCUAGCCUCCCCAGAAAAAGAAGAAAAGCAGUCAGAAGACAUAGAUAAUAUUAUUACAAAUAAAGCCACUCCAGUAAAGAAAAAACCUCCCUUAGAACGACGUGAAACAUAUGACGAAAGGUGUAGAAAGAUACUUGGAAUGAUGGAUGAGAAAUUCUCGGAAUCUUCAAAUAAAGAAUCGAAAAACACAACUUCAAAUGGAAGUUCACCUAGUAUUUCACCUUGUGAGAGUCCUGUAAGUGAUGAAAUAAAAGAUUUUAACCAUGUAAAAGAAUUGGACGAUAAAAUAGAAAAUGUUAAGCAAUACGUGCGUGCUACAUCUCGAGAAACAUCUCCUUGCAAGUAUCAUGAUAAAGAAAAAGAGAAUUUCGAUCUACAAGAUACCUCUAAGUUAAAUAAUAAUUCUCCAUCACACCACCAAGGUGAUAUUCCAAAAGAGACUGUUUCACUGCUGGAAAGGGAAGCAAAGAAGCUAACUGAAAAUGUUCAGUACUGCGAACAAAAUUCAAAGUCAUUAGAACAAACUAUUUCAAGAACGGCAUCAAAUAGCCCUGAACGGAAAAUUGCUGAGAGAAAACCAUCAAAAAACUCACCGAGCCCUGAGAAAAUACGAGAGUGUAGGACUUCUAGACAAAAUUCUUCAAGCCCAGAACGCAAAUUCACGCAGCAAACACAUGAAAAAACAGAUGUCUUAACAGAAAUAUCUACUCAAUUAGUGAAACAUUUUGAUGGUGAAAUCAAAAGUACUGAACAGGACUCUAGCAAAUGUUCAUCACCCAUAAAACAUUCUAAGAAACAUUCAAUAGCAUCAGCUUUUACGGAUUUAACACAAAAACCGAAAACAACAAUGUCGACACCAUCUAGCCCAAGCCGCCAAUUUGUAGAAAAGAAAACUGAAAAAACUAAUGCGAUCUCUUCUGAAAUUUUGAAUGAAUUUGAUCACCAAACUACUGAUCAUAUUAAUACUAUUAUCUCGUCAAAAACACCUACAAAAAAUAUAGAUAGUCCUAAACGUGCAGCACAACAAAGUAGCAAUAGCAACAUUGUAGUUAGAUCAUCCUCAAGUAGCCCAGAUCGUAAAAUAAAUGGAAAAAUUAAAAAUAUAGAAAUUGACAACAAGAAAGAAAUCUCAUCUCAAGUAAUAAGACAUAAUAAAGAGGUAAAUAGUACUAAGCAUAAUGUUAACACGUCCUCCAUCAAAUAUUCCGAAGAAACAUACACAACACUGCACAACCCUAAAUGUACACCGGAUAAAAACGACGUUAGAUUGACCUCAACUAGCCCAGAUCGUGAACUUAACGAAAAGGAAACUGAUAAGAGUGAAUAUUCAAAUAUACCAUCGGAUGUGGACUCUAAGAAACCUUUGGUUAGCCCUGCGCGAAUUUCUGAACCAGCUAGCCUGGAACGCAAAUCUAAAAACCAAACUACAAUAAAGACGACAGAUGAUACAAAAGUAGCGUAUCCAUCGUAUGAAAGUGUUGAAAAAACUAAAAAAAGCAAAGGCUUUUCGCCUUCCAAAGAGAUUAGCCCAGAUCGCAUCGUCACUAAAAAUAAAAAAUUUUCGACGAAUGAAGUAAUUCAAUUUGAUUCAAUUACUAAAAACGUCAAAGAAUGUGAUGUACGACGUUCUAAAAAGUCCCAUGUUGAUAUUAAGUCCCAAAAUUCCGAAUUUAUUAUAUCUGAAAGAGAACAACAAGUACUUGACAGGGUUCAAUCUUCAUUACGGAGAAUAUCACCUGAUCGUAAAGACUAUCAAUCUAAAACUUCUGAUAUACUGAAGAUGAAUAUUGACGAGGUGACUAAAAAUAUAAUUGAAGAUGUGACCAAUGAAAUUGAUACAAUAGAGGCUACUAAUGAAGAUGAAACAGAUUAUAAAGUAAAUGUGACAGACAAGGCUAAAAAUUUAAGUAAUACGGCAAAUAACCCUUCAUCAAGAAAUACUUCACCAAACAAACGAACAACGACUGCUUCCAAAUUGGUUAAACCAAAUACUGAUGUGAACAAGCCCAAAAGCUUUUCCCCUAGAAAACCAAAUUCACCUACAGAGACGAAAAAACCCAGUUCUCCGACACGAAGACCACAGUCACCACAAGUACAUAAAGUAACAAAUAACAAGAGUAGGGAUGAUGUUGAUGAUCAAAAACCUAAAGCAAUAUCGACUAACGUUAAAAUUGAUAAAAGUAUUUCAAAUGAUAUGAAAAAAAGUUCUUUCACUUCCGUAAAGCAGCAAAACAUUUCCAAAACUUCUACAACCAAGUUUGUCAACAAACUUAAUAACGAAAAUGAAACAAAGCGGAUAGGUAUACAAAAAGGAAAUAUUAGUAAUAUCAAAAAGAAGGAACUGGAUUUAAAGAUAACCCGUACUUCAAGUGAUAUAUCGAUUAAAUCUAUUCCUAAAAAAAUAGUUUCACCCCAAAGAAUCAAGUCGAAGCCGGAAAUAAGAAUAACAAAGCAGAUAACAAAAACUCAAAAGACUCAAAAGGAAUACUCAAAGUUACCAGUUAGUAAACCGAAAUCGGCUACUGCUUUGAAUACACCCGCAGAUGAUGAUGACAUCAUAAUUGACGUUCAGCUUGCUAAAUCUUCUAGAGAAAGUUCUCCAGAUCGUAUUUGUCCUACGCCUGUUGGAUUUUCAGAUGACGUUGGUACACCACGUUUACCUGAUGAAGUUAAUGAGCCUGAUGAGGAAUUCAACAGACGGUCACAUCACGUUAUACAUGAAACUGAAUCUAUAACUGAUAAUAUUGUAGAAAUUUGUGAAAAUGAGGAAACAUUCAAUCAGCGUAAUGUUGAUGAUCAAAAUAAACUGAGCAUUACAAAUAGUCAUCUUCAUGUCAACAAAAAACACCCAAAAUAUAAUGAGAAUUCUAAAGAAGUGAGCACUCAGUUGAAAGAUACUGAUAACCAAUUACACCUUGAAAUUGAUACCAAAAUUUUGAAAUCUGAUGAAUGUCUUCUAUCUGUGUCUGAAAAAGUAAAUAAGUUUGCUAAAGGGCCUGCACAUUCAAAAGAUAAGAGCCCUUGUCGCCAAAUAACUGAAGAAUAUGAUAAUAAUACAACAUUUCAGGACGACUACACAAAAUUGAGUGUAAAUGAUAAAGCUCAUCUAUUUAUCGAGACCGCUGAAAACUCGAAAGUAUCGAAGCAAAAACCAAUACAACGUCCAAAAAGACCUGAUCUAAGUGAUGUGGAUGAAUCACUAAAAAGUGAUGAUUGCCUUUUGAGCGUAUCUGAUAAGGUAACGAAAUUUGUUAAAACAGCAGAACAAGUACUAUCCGAUACAUAUGUUAUUGAAGAAAAAGAAAAGAAAAUAAGGGAACAACAUGAUAAGAUAAUGAAGCAAAUUAUUGACUGUACAGAUGAUAGCAUAAAUACAAUAGGUGUCAAAGAAUUUGUAGAACUGAAGGAUAAUGAACAAUGUUUGCUUGAAGAAAAUUGUGAUGAUAAAUUAAAUAAGACUAAAGGAGUUUUUAAACCAGUUAACAAAGCUAAGCCUCUUACUUCGAAUGACAAGAAAGGCCCCGUAAAAUUAACAACUUUGCGGAGUUGUGAGGCCGUAAAAAAGGCUAAAGCUUUGUUUGAGAACAUUGCAUCCACAACAACAUCUACGUCACAUAAAGAAACUAGUAAUAGCAAAAAUAUGAAACUGGCAGACAUAAGUGUUACUCAAAAACGAUUACAAGAAAAUGUCACAUAUGUAAUAUCUCAAGAUUUGGACUGUACAAAUAAAAAAGAUGCGACCAAUCUUCUUCCUUCGUUACCUAAAAGAGAAAGAACUAAAACCCCGGAUUUGAGAGAAAAAUCACCGCUAUUGCGCUCAAAAACACCAACUAAUGAAGAAAAUAUGCCUAUAUCCAGAACAGCCUUACCUAUUACUAGGGAAAAGUCUCCUUUACCAAAAAUUUCUGCCACGAAUCCCAGGCAUACGUUUGUUGGGGAGGCGUCACCGCUAAAUCAGACAGGAUCUCCUGUACCUAUCGCUCCACCGUCUAAGGCUUCACCAAUUUCAAUUAAAACAGUAUUGUCUCGUUACCCAGAAGGCGACGGAUCAAAUUCAACUGUAGUGGGCAGUGAUAGGAUUUCAAAAACUGAAAAGCCAAAUGAUAACAUACCUGGAUACCAACGCCCAACUAAAACAAGUCAAAUGAAAGAGGAAGCGCGGGUCAUUGAGGACAUUGAAGUAAGCACCCGACGAGGCAGUGGCAAGUUCGGAGUUGACCUUCGCAGGACAAGCGUUGAUAGGUCGAGUGUCAGCAGUGAACGCCGUCCUAGUGGAGACCACCAUCAGCCGUGCAUUGAAGAUAUCUAUGACGUAGAACUUCUUGAGCAAAUGUUGGAAAAGGUGGUAGGCUAUGAGCAAAGACGUCGUAUAAGAGCACAAAUUAGAAUUGCCAAGAAGAACAUAGAAAAUGAAUCGAUAUCAGUAAAAACUUCGAUGUCAAUGAAACAAACAUCAAAUAAAACCACUAAAACGAGAUCUCCAGACCGUCGAAACCUCAACAAAUCUCCACAGAGAAUGCCAAACAAAACAUUGUCAACUGAUCAGCAGCAUAAGCCUCCUCAAAAAAUAACCUGUGCCCCAGAUAGCAGUGAUCUACAGCCGCAAAGUGCUACCACGUCAAAUAUUCAGGAACCUAAGGAAGAAACUAAACCUCUAGUUAAUGGACACUCUAUAGAACCUGUAAAAAUAAAUGAAACUGAAAUGGUAACUCAGGACUCUGAAAAACCAUUAAAAUCAGUGCCUGCUUGUAAAGUAACUCGACCAUUAAGCCCUAAUAAAAAGUCAAGGCCAUUAUCACCCAGUAAGACAGCCACGAUGAAAUUAAAAUCCAACCGUUUCAGCGAAUAUGCCACAGCUUACAUGAAAAAAGUUGGCUUAAAUGAAAGUGACAUCAAGGCUGAAACCAAAGUAAAAAAAGCGCCUGUUGUAUCAGAAGCUAAAACAAAACAUAUUGAAAUUAGCCACACUGCAGAACAACGGGUGUCUGGAACAUCAACUAAAAUUGUCACUGAGCGAACAUCGUCUAAAGACAUCAUCGAAGUAAUUCAAAUAAACAAUAAACGGACACCUUCGCCGGAAAAGCACAAAAUAAAUAUUAACCAUUUAACAAAGUCAGGCGGCCAUAAGGUUCAACAAAAUAAUACUGAGCCCAUUCGACGAAGCCCUGAUAGGAAAUCUCUAAGUCCUCAUCGCGCAAAUAUUGUAUCGGUGAAAACGCAGGAACACAGAUAUCCAAGUACUAAUCGUGACACUAGUCCGGAGAACUCUAAAUUAUUAAUAAAAGAAACCGAAAUUAAAACAGUACAAGACAGUCAAAAGAAAAUGCCGCAUAAACCAGGCAGUGAGGAGACACCCUCGUGGAUAACGAGCAGAAACUUGAAGAAGGUCACCUCGGAAACCCGAUCUUUUAGUAGCAAAAAGAUUGAAACAGAGAAACCUAUGUAUCGGGCAAAGAGCCCAUCGAAAACUAUCUCCAAACCAAUCGAUGUUAUAACAUCCAGCUAUGGACCUGGACCGUUAGAUGCGGACGGAAAACCGCUGUUUGGAAUAAAAGCUCUCAGGAAAGGAAGCACUAACUACCAAGUGAAAGGCACGGUCGUCCGCCAAGAGUUCCACUCGCACAACGGAGGGCCACCCGAGGGCACGGUUUCCGUCACCGCGUACUCCACGGAGCCCGAGGACCUGGAGCGUCUGCUGCGGCAGCAGGGAGAGAGACCCUCGCGGCUGCACGGCCUGGCUGCCAUCACCACCACCAAGAGAUUCGGCGGCGACAGCGGCGCUACGCUUUCUGAUGUUCAAACCAGACAGGAACGCGCCGCCAUAGAACAGUUCACUCACUCGGACGCCCGCGCGACUGGUGACACAAUGCACCACACCAGGCUGAGCUCCUCAGCGGCGGAGCACGCCGACAUCGACGAACACAAUACGAGAAACACCAUGUGCGAGACAAACGAGAGCAUAGAAAGGAGAAUCGAAACGCACAGCGAAAAUAAACAGAUGCAAACGAGCGAGAAAAAGAUGCAGAGAGUUGACGGAGAGCGCGAGGACAAAAGGACAACAGUUAGACAAAUUUCUGUGAAAUCUCUCACUGAGAAAUUCAUAAAGAGUGCAACAGGCGAGUCGGGGAAGGCUGAGCGCAGUGCGUACCCGAAGGCCGGCCUCAUCCUGCGGAGCACCGUGCCUGAUGCUGCUGCCAGCACCCCCGCCUGCAGCGGCCCAGGUACGCCGCGUGCGACCAGCGGACGGAGCGCGUGUACCGUGGAGCGUGUGGCCAGCGGCACUACCGUCACCACCACUACCACCGUGCGCAACGACCACGACCAGCAGCGCUCCUUCCUCGACAGCUCCACCAAGGUCACCGGGGUGCAGGACAUUCUCACCAGGAUGAAAAAUGCAGACAUAGUGAUCGAAGAGGGAGACACGAGCGAAGACAGUGAAGCGCGCGCCCUCCUCAACAAGUUCCUGGGCGCUACCGUGCUGAUGGCCGGCAUGCAGAGCUACGUCACCGAGAAGCCGUCGGGCAAGAUCUCCGUCAAACAGGAGAGUGUUCUAAGGGAAGACGGUGGAGGAAAGGAGACAAGCUCGGGUCGGCAGCAGCAGUCGAUCGAUAUCGAGCAGUGCUGGGACGAGAGAGUGCUCAGGAAACUUCUGGACGAGUCCACCGACUACGAGACUCGGCGACGGCUGCGCGGGCGUAUCAAGUGUCUCAUGGCCGAACAAGAAGCAUGCGCGAGCGCAGUGACAGAGGCGUUGGCGGCGGCCGGCGAGGCUGUGGAGGCGGCGGACGCGUCGCAGGCAGCGAGUGGGACCGAAGGGGCCGAGCGCGAUGAAGAAGAGGUAACCACUGUGACACCAAGUGUAAGGAGGAGUUCGACAGAACAAACAUUGAGCAGCACCACUAACACUAAAGUGAUCGAGGUGACGCGAGCGGCGCCCAAGCCGGUGUCGCCGUUCACCAAGUUCCGGCAGCUCGAGAAACAAAACUCUACAAGCAAACCCAGCUCGCCCCAGAGCCCGCAGAGCCCGGGCUCUCCGUCGCAGCCCUACUUCAAGUUCACGGACCCCGCGCUGCACCUCAGUGCGGUCACUAUUAAAGAGCGCUUGCUGCAGUGGUGUCGCGACAAGACCCGGGACUACGAGAAUGUGAAACUGGAGAACUUCUCGACGAGCUGGGCGGACGGGCUGGCGUUCUGCGCGCUCAUCCACCACUUCCUGCCGCACACCUUCGACUACUCGCAGCUUAGCGCCGACCAGCGUCGCCACAACUUCACGCUCGCCUUCAAAAUUGCCGACGAGAAGGCGGGCGUGUACCCACUGCUCGACGUUGACGACAUGGUCGCGAUGCGCAAGCCCGACUGGAAGUGUGUGUUCACGUACGUGCAGUCCCUCCAUCGUCGCUUCAAGGACGAGCGCUAGCGCCGCCCGCGCAUAGCCGCGAGUACCAGAACACUGAUUGUUAUUGUUGUCUGUUUGUUUGUUUGUUUGUCCGUUGACGUUUGCCAGAUAUUUAUAAGAAAGCGCCGGCCCGUCCCGCCCGCUCGCGCGUCUCAGGUCCUCCUACUUGUUGUAAUCUCGACAUGUGAUUUUAUUUUAGCUUGUAAGUAUCCACUGCCGCGAGGUCGGUUGGUGGUGGUCGGAACCACUAUCAUAAUUGUAUCUAACUAACUUACUUAUCUUAUUUAUCUGACAUUAUAAUGUCUUGAUGUAAUCUUAUUUAAUUGACAAUAAUCGUUACUGAUGGAAUCUAAUUUAUAUUAAAAAUAAAUAAUUAACAAUG